AUGAGGGCGAAAGUUUGGCCAUACUUUGUAGCAAAUAAUGGAUUUAGCAUCGUUGGGCACUCAAACUAUUCAUUUGAAACUUUAGAAAAAUCUUUUGGGAUUGCUCGUCUGAGUAGAUUGAGCAUGUGGUAG